GAAGAGCCAGCCUGCGGAGUCAGUCACAUUUUUGGCUGGGAUUCAAUGACUGAGCCAGACACACACAAACACAGAUAGGGGCUGCGAGGGAGAGAGAGGGGCGAGUGAGUGAGCAAGCGCAACCCAGCUCACAGACUAGCCAUCUCCAGUACACAGGCAUAUCGAACAGCAGGGGCAGACGGAGUGUAUGCGUGCGGCUAUACUGCAGUAUUCCACAGUUUAAAGGAGGUUCCACGCGGGUUAUUACUGUGUUUUAUACCGGAUUUAUAGAGGGAGAAGGCUUUGCUUUAUCGGUCGAUACUUUUUCUGAAACUUCAAAAGCAUUAAUCAUUUUUGGAGGAGUUUCAGAAGGACGCGUUUUAGAUAUGGACUGUCAGGAGUGUACUGCAGGGGAAGACUCGCCCGUGUCACCAUUCGCUUAGUAGGCUAGUCAACGGAAUUGGAAACUCACUGCUCGGUACUUUUUUGUGGAUGUUUGAUGAAGCGCUUUCUGCACUUGGCUAAUUCUCGGAGACCUUGGAUUUACAAGGAACCCGAACCUAUCGUGGCUUUCAAUUGUUUUAGUUUGCCCCAGUUGAAAGGAACUCUCGCUUUCAAAGUCGUAGUGAAAACAUGGAGACUGUAACUCGACAAAGCUUCCAACCUCACCCAGGACUGCAACAAACUCUCAAGCAGUUUCAUCUGAGUUCUAUGAUCUCCCUCGGCGGACCGGCGGCAUUUUCUGCUCGAUGGCCACAUGACCUCCUGUUCAAGAAGGAUGGGAAAGAGCCCGAGCCCGUGCUGCAUCUUCCAAUGCAGCCGCCGACAGUGAUGCCGGGACCACUCUUCAUCCCCUCCGACCGCUCCACUGAGAGGUGCGAGACGGUCCUGGAGACCGAGACUGUCUCCUGUUUCGUGGUCGGCGGCGAGAAACGGCUGUGCCUGCCGCAGAUCCUCAACACCGUACUGCGGGAUUUCUCCCUUCAACAGAUCAACUCGGUGUGCGACGACCUCCACAUCUACUGCUCCAGGUGCACGGCAGAACAGCUGGAGAUCCUCAAAGUCAUGGGAAUUCUCCCCUUCUCGGCGCCUUCCUGCGGACUCAUCACCAAAACGGACGCGGAGCGCCUGUGCAAUGCCCUGAUUUACGGAGGCACCUACCCGCCGCACUGCAAGAAAGAGUUCACGGGCUCACUGGAGCUGGAGUUCACGGAGAAAAGCCUCAAAAUAUACCACGAGUGUUUCGGAAAGUGCAAGGGUCUCUUCGUCCCGGAGCUGUACACCAGCCCCAACGCAGCCUGCAUCCAGUGCAUGCACUGCAGACUCAUGUACCCGACCCAUAAGUUCGUGGUGCACAGUCACAAAUCGUUGGAAAACAGGACUUGCCACUGGGGCUUCGACUCCGCCAACUGGAGGGCAUACAUCCUCUUGGACCAGGAUUACACGGGGAAAGAGAAGGCGCGCCUGGAGCAGCAUUUGGACGAGAUUAAAGAGAAAUUUGAUUUCUCCAACAAAUAUAAGAGGAAAGCAUCCAGGGCGUCGGAUCCCAUUCCAGCCAAGAAGUCUAAACAUGAAGACUUCCCAUCGCUAACCCUGUCCGAGAAGCAACCGGAUUGGCUACGAUCCCUCUCGGCUUCGGCCAAUAAGGGGCUCAACUGCUUCCAGCCCAGACAGAGGCCCUCGGCUUUCAGGCCCUGGUCCCCUAACCUCUCAGCUGGGGACAAAGACAUGCCCAGCCGCCCUCUGGCUCUCCUGAGAGACAGCCUUUACAACUUCAAGACCAUGGAGAACGCUGUGUCCCCAAACGUGGCCCUCACACCCCCACCCCUGACAAAGGCAGGGCCCCUGUCGCCGUCCGUGCCUAGCACCUCCCACCCCAGUGCCGGCAAGGCCCCAGGAAAGGGGGCCAGCCCCAUAUCCAGGACCCGGAAGAGGAGGGCCACAGGGGAGCUCCCGCACCCAAGCCACGAGCCCCCCUGCUCCCCUUCGCCUGCAGCCAGCAAGCUCCCACCCCAGGAGAACAAGGACUCAGAAGUGGAGAUCGAGGUGGAGAGCCGAGAGGAAUUCACAUCGUCCCUGUCCUCCCUCUCCUCCCCAACCUUCACCUCCUCCAGCUCUGCCAAGGACAUAAGCUCGCCCAGCGCCCAGGUCCCAGUGUGUACGGUGACGUCGGCGGUGUUGAUCCCAGAGGACGGCCCUCUUGCUGGGGUAGCAGCAGCAGCAAUGGCGGUGGUGUUGGCCCCUGAGGGCCCCGGGCCGGGGGGUCUGGAAUCAGAGUUGGAGAUCCUGAGGCAGGCGCUGGACAGCGGGCUGGACUCCAAGGAGUCUAAGGAGAAGUUUCUGCAUGAGAUCGUCAAGAUGCGGGUGAAGCAGGAGGAGAAGCUGGGCUCAGCCCUGCAGGCCAAACGCAGCCUUCAACAGGAGUUGGAGUUCCUGCGAUUGGCUAAGAAAGAGAAGCUCAGGGAGGCCACGGAGGCCAAGCGGAACCUGAGGAAGGAGAUUGAGCGCCUUCGUGCCGAGAGCGAGAAAAAGAUAAAGGAGGCAAACGAGUCACGCGUGCAUCUGAAGAGGGAGCUGGAGCAUGCCCGGCAACUCAGAGUGUGUGACAAGGGCUGCGAGGCAGGUCGCCUGCGCGCCAAGUACUCCACACAGAUCGAGGACCUGCAGAUGAAGCUCCAGCAUGCCGAGGCGGACCGCGAGCAGCUCCGGGCAGACCUACUGCAGGAGCGGGAAGCCAGGGAACACCUGGAGAGAGUGGUAAAGGAGCUGCAGCGGCAGCUGUGGCCCAAGGAGCAGAACACGCCUAACGAGGACAACCCCGUCAACAACUAACCCUUCCCAUGAACAACCCCUCGCCAAUCCCCCACUAUCAGCACCCAAAAUAAAACUACGCCUGAGACCACCGACACAGAAUAGAGAAAAGUAGAAAUAUCAAACCUCUAUGUGUGCGUGUAUCCAUCCUCACACAAAUUGUAUGAGUGCUUGGAUGCAUCCUUGGAGAGAGAAACAAAGGAAAUCAAACUUGGUAUAUGUACAUUUGUACCAAGUUGUUACUAGUUGUUGGUAUUUGUACAUGUACCAAGUUGUUACUAGUUGUUGGUAUUUGUACAUGUACCAAGUUGUUACUAGUUGUUGGUAUUUGUACAUGUACCAAGUUGUUACUAGUUGUUGGUAUUUGUACAUGGACCAAGUUGUUACUAGGACAAGCACUGAAACACACCUCUCCUCCACAAACUGAAAAUUGGAUCGGAAGAUAAAUAUAUAUAUAUAUAUAUUUAGCACAACAUUUUGUUGAGCCUGUAUUUUCUGAGACAGAAACUGGUGAACAUUUUGGAUAAAAACUUUUCUAUGAUAAAAAACAAAGAUAACAAUACAAUAAUUUGCCAACUGGCCUGUUUAGAGACAAAAUGGAAGAGGAGACAGGAAGUAAGACUGGACUCCUCAGGCGUGCCCCAGCAGGGCUUCUGCUUCGUUUCCUGUGAAGAAGUUGGAGAAUUUCAUGACCUUAUAAGCUAUUUAAGAGACUGCAUAACGAUAUGUAAAAAAAAAUGUACGAAAACAUUUUCUUUGCUUCUUUGUGCUAUAAGAGCUUGGAGACAAAAAAAAUAUGGAUUUAUAAAAAAUAUUAACAGACAGCAAGCAAGACAAAACUACCACCAGUGCCAUCAUGGUUAGUCGGUGUGUAGAGGAGGCCAUUCUGAUCCAUUGAGGAAAAGUAUAACGCUUGUCUACUAUUCCAUUAAUACAUCAUGAAGUUUACUAUGGAAGGGGUCAGAGGAUUGCAUUGGACUAGAUGUUUUCUCUCUUUGACACAGGUGCUGUAUCUGUGUGUUCUGGCACACCUCUUAGAGUGAGCAUUUCAUUUAGAUAUUAACAACAAGAGAUGUUCACACAAACACACCGAAACAACAUACACACUUGUCUUCAUUAUGUGUUUGUGAGCAUUUGGGUUAAAACCCAAAAGUCUUAUCUUAUAAAGAUAAACUUUGUGAUAAUUUUGUAUCUGGGUGCAAUCUGAAGCCCAGAUUUGUACACAUGACUUCUGCUGGGUUUCCCCCUGGGACUGUUGGUUAAAACUAGCUGAACCCGGCUAUACUGCUUUCCAUUUGAUUAGCGAGAGUUGGCAUGACUUGCUCAAAUGAAGAUCGAAAAUACAAUUUUUGAAUACUAUGAUUUUAGGGCUGGAAGUGGCGCCUUUAGCCAGAACCACAACAUUUUAUUUUUUAAUUAAAUGAUGGUAUGUAAAUAUAUAUAUAUAUAUAUAUGUGGUUUUUUUUUUUA